GUUUAUUGGAUUUAACACAUUUUUUUGCGGGAAUAUGGAAUUGUCAUUCAGUAUUUUUUAACAGAUCAACAAGGAAUUUUAAUUGAAAAUUUACAGGUGUGUUUUGGAAUGUACAUGCAUGAAUAAUAGAUAACAAAGAUGUCAAGAUUGUCAAGAUUUUUACCUAAGUUUCUUAGAGGAGAUAAAUCUGCUGCACAGAAAAGUGGAGACAAAAGUCAGUGUAAAAUCAUUUUCCUUGAUGAAACAGAGUACUUUAUUCCAUAUAAGGGCGGAUUCAAAGGCCAGUUUGCCCUUGAUAAAACAUUUGAGCAGCUCAAUUUGUUUGAGAAAGAUUAUUUUGGGUUGCGAUACAUUGAUACUUCAGGGCAAACACAUUGGCUGGAUUGCAAUAAGACAUUGUCAGCUCAAUUAAAAGGGUGUUCAAUACCUUACACAUUUUACUUUGGUGUGAAAUUCUACCCUGCUGAUCCAUGCAAGUUAAAAAGAAGAAAUACAAG